GGAAGAAGAGAACGGAGACUGAAGAGGGAGUGGGAAAGAGCGAGAAACCACAGAUCUGCGAGAGAAGAAUAGAGGAAGCGCGUGUUUGUUUUGUUCGCGACACUUCAAUCGAGUAUCGACCUUCUCCGAUUCCGAGCUCUGUGGUGGUUCUCAUUGCUUUUGUUUCAUGAGAAUAAGACCCCAUGGCAAGCCAUCCUGCAAAAUUUGCUCCUUCAAAUGGGUCUGUCUAUGUAUGCAACUUGCCUUAUGGGACUGACGAAACUAUGUUGGCUGAAUAUUUUGGCACCAUCGGAUUAGUAAAGAAAGAUAAACGUACAGGAAGACCAAAAAUAUGGUUAUAUCGAGACAAAGAGACUAAUGAACCAAAGGGAGAUGCUACUGUAACAUACGAGGAUCCGCAUGCUGCUGUAGCUGCUGUUGAAUGGUUUAAUAACAAAGAUUUUCAUGGUAAUAUUAUUGGAGUUUUUAUAGCAGAGUCAAAAAACAAGGAUGAUCAAGCAUAUAAUUCAGUAGUAGAACCAAGUGUUGCUGAUAAUGUUGGUGCACUAGAGGAAACUACCAGGGAUGUUGAUGGUGGUAGUGGAAGAGGUAGAGGCCAAAAUGAUACUUCAGGCAAACCAUGGCAACAAGAGGGCGAUUGGUUGUGCCCAAAUACAAGUUGCUCCAAUGUGAAUUUUGCUUUUCGUGGUGCGUGUAAUCGCUGUGGAAGUGCUCGUCCUGCUGGUGCUGCUGGUUUUGCAGGGGCUGGUGGCCGUGGAAAGGGACGUGCUGGACAAGAAUCUGGGGAAAUUGGCCGUCCAGGUGGUGGAGGACUUUUUGGUCCCAAUGAUUGGCCUUGUCCAAUGUGUGCCAAUAUCAAUUGGGCAAAGCGGACUAAAUGCAAUAUUUGCAAUACAAAUAAGCCUGGACAUAAUGAGGGUGGUGUAAGAGGGGGCCGAGCUGGAGGUUACAAAGAGCUUGAUGAGGAGGAAAUAGAAGAAACUAAACGUCGUAGGCGGGAGGCUGAAGAUGACGGGGAGUUGUAUGAUGAGUUUGGAAACCUUAAGAAGAAAUUCCGUGCCAAAACUCAGCAAGCUGAAGCUGCACAAGUGCUUCCGGGUUCAGGGCGUGCUGGUUGGGAGGUUGAGGAACUAGGGAUUGAAAGGGAUGCUAGAGAAAGAAGUAGAGACAGAGGAAGGGAACGUAAUGAUGGGGAAAACAGGAACAGAGAGCGAAAUGAAAAAGAGCGGCAAAGCGGUCGAAACAGAGAGAGGGACAGGGGAAGAGAUCGAGACUGGGACUAUGUUGAUCGAGAUAGAGAUUAUGGGCGAGAUCGGGACCGAAGUAGACACCGUUAUUAAAAAAUAGCAGCAAAAGUGCAUUGCAUUUUGAUGUAUUGACUACCAUACCAUGAUGUGUUGGGUUUUUUGUGGAAGGAUUUCAAUUGCUUUAAAUUAAAUCUGUAUCUUUAGGGGUUAAUACGCGCAAUCUGAUGAAUGUUGAUUUUACUUGGCAUUGACCUUUUGUAUAACCUAAGAUAUUCAUGCUUUUAGUCUUUUUAC